GGCCGACGUGCUGCACGGGCGGGUGUGGUGAGUCAUGCUCGUGGGCGCACGCACUUGCGUCUUGCUGGGUGUGCCCUCUUUCUCCGUUCCCAUCUCUCUGUCCGUCUAUUUGGCAACCCGAGGAAGUCGAAAGGUUAGGAGAGCGAGGGAAAGUUUCCAUUGUUGUCCAUUUCGUGAGAUCAGGUAGAGCGAGGCUGAGGAAAGGACGACGGUCGCUGUGAGUUGUUGGUUGACGCAAUAAAUCGAGAAAGCAGUGGAGAGAGUGGUUGCGGUAGUUGAGGAAGGAGACGAGGAUGGCAGCCGGGAGGGUGGGAGGAGUGGGGGGGAGAUCACGGGCAGUUGGGAGCUCCCACCAAGGUGGAGGGUUCGCGGGCAUGCUGCAUUCUACUCCCAGUUCACACACGCAACUGGUUGAGCUUAAGCAGCGUGUGCUGGCCGCUUUGACGAAGCUGGGAGACAGAGACACUCAACGUCACGCAGUGGAAGAACUCCAUCGGAUGGUGGAGGGGCUCGCUCCCGAGGGUGUGCCUAUCUUUCUCGUGUGUUUAUAUGACUCCGAUGGGUUACAGAAGAGCUUCUCGAGAAAGGAGAGUGUUCGCUUGUUUGGGACAAUGGCGAUCGUCCACGGAGAUCUUCUCGCUCCUCACCUUAGCAAGAUCGUGAUCAACAUUGUGCGGCGCUUCAAGGAUCCCGACGCUGGAGUGCGCGACAUGUGUGCGGAAGCGAUGGGCCACUUGGCGGCCAAUGUAUCGCCUGUGGGCAUGAGUGCGAUUGGGCCCAGCAGCGGUAAUGCCGCGGCGGCUCCGGCUUCGGUUGGUGGCAACGGCUUUGCGCCGCCUGCGCAGUCUGCGUCUGCGGCGGCUGCUCCAUCUCCUUCUCCGUCUGCCUCUCCUCCUGGUGUUAGUGGGUCUACCCCGUCUACCUCUUCUGCCGGUGCGUUGGCGGCGGAAGCGGGUUCCGCGACUUCUUCCUCUGCGCCUGCUUCUGCGGGAUCGUCUGCUUCCGCAGCGGAAGCGGUGGGAAGUGCUGGCGGCGUUGGGAGCAGUGGAGCGGAAGGAGGGGUUGCCACGUGUACGACUCCCAAGGCGGACCACAACCGGGCCGGAGGAUUAGCGACUGCUGCUGCGGGCACAAGUCACAGUGCAAUGGGCGUGUUCUUUAGGCCCUUGUUUGAUGCACUCAACGAGCAGAACAAGAACGUACAAGCUGCAGCCGCACUGUGCCUCAGUAAGGUUGUGCACAACAUGAAGGUUCCUCUUCCGGGUGGCUUCGUCAGGCUUUGCCCCCGCAUAUCGAAGUGUCUAGCGAACCCUAAUUUUUUGGCCAAGGGACCGCUGCUGAACGCUCUGGGCAACCUUGUCGAGUCACGGAGCCGUCGUGUUUGAUAGUCAGUCGCAUUCUGUUUGACAGUCGCACGCAGUCGCACAAGUGCUUUGCUAUGCGCCCUGUGGGUCACGCACCUGGUUACUCGUCCGACCUCCACGUGUCGCAUCCGGAUCCAGUUACUUCGCCGCGCUAUCGCAGGUUCAGCCGCUAAUCCCCUCAUAGGGGCACGUGAACAAGCAAUCACUUAAGCACCCUGUCACAUGCCCGAUCAUCAUCAAAUCACGCAUCCAUCACCGACUGACUCGGUCACCCGCUAAUCAAUUACACAGGCGGGC